AGUUCACUCCGAAAUCUGGUUAUUCUGCAGACGGGCAGGUCACAGAGACACGCAGUAGGACUCCAGCUCCGACCUCCAGGAGACACACCAGGAGGUCGCAGCGCUCCGAGCCGACCCGAGGAGCCUGACCGCCGGCAUGAAGGUGGAGUUCGCCCCGCUGAACAUCCCCCUUAGGAGAAGACUACAGACCGCCGCCGCGCUGCAGUGGGUCUUCUCCUUCCUGGGACUAGCUCAGUGCUGUCUUGCAGCCUUCGUGCUCCUGGCUCUCUCUGAUUGGUGGAUUGUGGCGUUGCUGUAUGGUGGUUGGCUGUGGCUGGAUUGGGACACGCCCUCCUCUGGGGGUCGGAGGUCACCAUGGAUCAGGAGCUGGAGGGUCUGGGAGUACUUUAGGGACUACUUCCCACUGACGUUGGUCAAAACUGUCGAUCUGGAUCCAAAGAAAAACUACAUCUUCGGAUUUCAUCCCCACGGCGUGCUGGUGGCGGGGGCGUUUGGGAACUUCUGCACAGAGGCGACGGGGUUCUCUCGUCUGUUUCCUGGACUGAAGCCUCACCUACUGAUGCUGCCGUUCUGGUUCAGAGUCCCCUUCUUCAGAGACUACAUCAUGUGUGGAGGUCUGGUGUCCUGCAAUAAGUCCAGCCUGUCUCACCUGGUCAGUCGUCCUGCCGGGGGGAACGUGGCGGUGGUGGCGGUGGGCGGAGCUACGGAGGCUCUGGACGCUCGACCCGGAGCUUUGACUCUACAGGUCCUGAACAGAAAGGGCUUCAUCAAACUGGCUCUGAAACACGGAGCUCAGCUGGUUCCCGUCUUCUCCUUUGGAGAGAACGAGCUCUUCGAUCAGAUGGAGAAUCCGUCGGGCUCUCCUCUGAGGAGGCUGCAGAACCGGCUGCAGAGCAUAAUGGGUGUAGCGAUGCCGCUGUUUCACGCCAGAGGAGUUUUCCAGUACAGCUUCGGACUGAUGCCCUACAGGAAGCCUAUCCACACCGUUGUGGGGAAGCCGAUCUCGGUGGUGCAGACUCCCAGUCCCAGCACUGAGGACAUCCAGAGUCUUCAUAAUACUUACAUGCAGAGUCUGACUGAACUGUUUGAACAGCACAAACACAACUACGGCCUUGAGGAACAGCAGCACCUGACCUUCAUCUGACCUUCAUACACACACCUGACCUUCAUUGGACCUUCAUAUACACACCUAACCUCUAUAUAAAAGGCAGUUUACUGUUUUUUAAAUACUUACUGAAACGGUUUGACGGAGAAAAAGAGCGUGGUAAACUUUCUGAUCUGUUUCUCUGUAAUGAUCACAUGAUGAUUGACAGGUGUGACAUCACAGUGACAAUAAAGAUAGAUGAAAAGUUGAA